AUGUCUAGCAACAAAAAUGAGUGUGAUACGGUAGUGGUGGUGAUUGCCAUCGUUGUGUUCGCGCUGCCAUUAACUUUACUCAUCCCCGACUUCUCCGUGUGGGACGUGGUACCCAAGGUUCGGGUCAUUAGGUUCCAUGUACUCCAGCAGCAUCUUUCAUGGCCACAACUCAAUGCCAUUGUUGUAGCGCUCUUGAUUUUAUUCUUCAGCCUUUACCUUGAAAUUCGAAAGCGGAACCUUGACGACAUGGUCGAGAAAGUCCUGACCGUGAGUCAAGCCACCGAUACAGUCAUGCUGGAAGAGAAGAACCGCCAAGCUGCCGCUCUGCGUUUGUGCGUGGAGCUGCUAGAUGUCUCCGCGGAGCACUACGAACACCUGGUGCUGCUGCGUGACGAGCUCGCCAGGAAAGACAAACCCAACCAGCAACCACCAGUUAUAGAACCCAGCGGGUCCAUGUUGUGAUUUUUGGACUAAUAAAUUAUUG